AUGGAGUGCAGCCCAACCAACAAGGGGGUCCUGUCAGGGGGCCGCUGUAGCCCGCAGUCUUCUGCAACCCCCAAAGUGUUCCCAGGUCACAUGGCCAUGAACCUAUGCACCUGCCUCUGUCUGUGGCUGGGGGCUGCCCUGGGGGCCGGGCAGGGCCAAGCGAGGGGCCUGCGGCUGACUGUGCUGUCCGAGGACCGGCUGCAGAUGAAGUGGAAGGAGGUGGAGGCCAAUGGCCUUGGCUACCUGGUGCAAGUGAAGCCCAUGGCAGGGGACUCAGAGCUGGAGGUGAUGCUGACCACCAAGACCGCCAAGGCUACGGUGGGGGGUCUGAGCCCCUCCAAGGAGUACACUUUGCACAUAUUCCUGCUCUCUGACUCCGGCCGUGUCCUGCUGGCCCAGAGGGAGUUUGUGAUCAAGGAUUUGAAGAGGCACCCUGUGGGCAGGAGCAGCCGGAGGCCAUGGGGGGCAGCCCUGGAGCCCACCCCUUCCCCGGUAGGAAGCCUAGACCAUGAGUCGACGUCGGAGCCUCGAGUCACCUGGGCCCUGAGCCACGACCCUCCCAGCCUUGGUGGCCCCACAGUGGCCCCGUUCCGCUGCACACCCCCUGUGCCCACGGACAUGAUCUUCCUGGUGGACGGGUCCUGGAGCAUCGGCCAUGGGAACUUCCAGCUCAUCAAGGACUUCCUAGCUAGUGUCGUGUCCCCCUUCGAGAUCAGCCCUGACAAGGUCCAAGUAGGACUGACUCAGUACAGUGGGGACCCUCAGACUGAGUGGGACUUGAAUUCUUUUGGCACCAAGGAGGAGGUGCUGGACGCCAUAGCCCGCCUCCACUACAGGGGAGGUAACACGUUCACAGGCCUCGCCCUGACCCACGUCCUGGAGCAGAACCUGCGGCCCGUGGCCGGGGCCCGUGAAGAGGGGGUGAAGGUGGUGGUUCUGGUCACAGAUGGCAAGUCCCAGGAUGACGCCUGCGCUGCUGCCCGCGUCCUCAAGGACCUGGGCGCUGACAUCUUUGCAGUUGGGGUGAAGAACGCCGACGAGGCUGAGCUGAGGCUGCUGGCAUCGCGGCCGCUGGACAUCACCGCGCACAACGUGCUGGACUUCCCCCAGCUCGGCACGCUAGCUGGGCUGCUCAGCCGCCUCGUCUGCCAGCGGGUCCAGGGCAGAGCACUGACGCUGAGGGGCCCAGUCCAGGCCCAUCCGAUGGUCCCACUCCCUGCCCCCACUGGCCUGGUCUUGACCCAGGUGACCUCCUCCAGCGUCCGCCUGUCCUGGACUCCAGCCCCACGGCCGCCCCUCAAGUACCUGAUCGUGUGGCGCCCCUCCAGGGGCGGGGCCCCCAGGGAGGUGGUGGUGGAGGCGCCCACCUCAUCUGCAGAGCUCCGAAACCUGACCUCCAGCACGGAGUACCUGGUCUCUGUACUCCCGGUCUACGCCAGUGGGGUCGGGGAGGGCCUUCGCGGCCUGGCGACCACAUUGCCACUGUCUCCGCCCCACACGCUGACCUUAGCCACCGUGACACCGCAGACUGUCCACCUCACCUGGCAGCCCGCGCCCGGGGCCACUCAGUACCUGGUGCGGUGUUCGCCCACCCCUCCCAAGGGCGAGGAGGAGGGGCGAGAGGUUCGGGUGGGGCAGCCCGAGGUGCUGCUGGAGGGCCUGGAGCCAGGCCGAGACUAUGCCAUCUCGGUGCAGAGCCUGAGAGGGUCGGAGGCCAGCGAGGCCCGGGGCGUCCAGGCCAGGACCCCAGCCCUGGUGCCCCCGAGACGCCUGGACUUCGACAGGGUGAGCCACGACUCGGCCCGGGUGCUCUGGGAGGGCCCCCAGAGGCCUGCUCGCCUCUGUAGAGCCACCUACGUCUCCAGCGAGGGUGGCCACUCGGGGCAGGUGGAGGCUCCGGGAAACGCCUCCUGGGCCAUCCUGGGCCCUCUCUCCUCCUCCACCACCUACACCGUCCGCGUCACCUGUGUCCACCCAGGGGGCGGUUCCUCCACACUGACCGGCCGCGUGACCACGCGGAAAGUCCCCAGCCCCAGCCAGCUGGCGGUGACCGAGCUGCCUGGAGACAAGGUCCAGCUGGAGUGGGCAGCUGCGUCUGGCGUGCUGGUCUACCAGAUCAAGUGGACACCCCUGGGUGACGGGAAGGCCCACGAGGUCUCCGUGCCUGGGAACCUUCAUUCAGCCGUGCUGCCAGGCCUGGGGAGGACCGUGGAAUAUGACAUCACUAUCCUGGCCUACUACCGGGACGGCACCCGCAGUGACCCUGUGUCCCUGCGCUACACCCCCCGUAGCCCCCCCUCCAACCUGGCACUGGCCUCAGAGACGCCCAACAGUCUGAAGGUCAGCUGGACGCCCCCUCAUGGCCAUGUCCUCCACUACCGGCUCACCUACACGCUGGCCUCUGGCUCAGGCCCUGAGAAAUCGAUCUCCGUUCCAGGACCCAGGAGCCUCGUGACGCUCCCUGACCUCCUGGCAGCCACCAAGUACAGAGUCCUGGUGUCGGCCGUCUUUGAGGGAGGGGAGAGCAGGGCUGUGUCAGCCACCGGCCGGACAGCCUGCCCAGCACUGCACCCGGAUGGCUCCCUCCCAGGGUUCGACCUCAUGGCUGCCUUCGGCUUGGUGGAGAAGGGGUACGCCUCCCUCCGAGGGGUGGCCAUGGAGCCCUCUGCAUUUGGGGGGGCCAAGACGUUCACACUCUUCAAGGAUGCCCAGCUGAUGCGCCGAGCCAGUGACGUCCACCCGGCUGCCCUCCCCUCAGAACACACGGUGGUCUUCCUCCUGCGCACACUCCCUGAGACACCCCGCGAGGCCUUCGCGCUGUGGCAGCUCAUGACCGAGGACUUCCAGCCUGCCCUCGGAGUCCUGCUGGACGCUGGCCGGAAGUCACUGACCUACUUCAACCACGACCCCAAGGCUGCCCUGCAAGGGGUCACCUUUGACCUGCAGGAUGUGAAGAAGAUAUUCUUUGGGAACUUCCACAAGGUGCAUGUGGCUGUGGGCCGCUCCAAGGUCCGGCUCUAUGUGGACUGCCAGAAGGUUGCUGAGAAGCCCUUUGGGGGAGUGGGCAGCCUGCCCACCUCUGGCUUUGUCACGCUGGGGAGGCUGGCCAAGGCCAGGGGCCCCCGGAGCAGUUCUGCCUCGUUCCAGCUGCAGACUCUCCAGAUAGUCUGCAACGACUCCUGGGCGGAGGGGGAUAGGUGCUGCGACCUGCCUGCUCUGAGGGAUGCUGAGACCUGCCCGGCCUCCCCUUCCUCCUGCACCUGCUCCUCAGAGACCCCCGGGCCCCCUGGCCCCCAAGGACCUCCAGGACUCCCCGGGAAGAGUGGUGCCCCUGGGGAGCAGGGCUUCCCAGGGCCCAGGGGCCCACCAGGGAUCAAAGGAGAGAAGGGGGACCACGGACCCCCCGGCACACAGGGUCUCCCCGGCCACCAGGGUAUCCCCGGGAGUGUCGGCCUCCAGGGACCAAAGGGAAUGAGAGGACUGGAGGGCACUGCUGGCCUGCCCGGACCCCCCGGACCCAGGGGGUUCCAGGGCCUGGCAGGUGCACGGGGGGCCGGCGGGGAGCAAGGACCCCCUGGGGCCGUGGGACCCACGGGGCUGCCUGGGCCUAAGGGCGAGCGUGGGGAGAAGGGUGAGCCGCCGUCCCUCUCUGCCAUCUAUCAGCUUGUGAGCCAGGCCUCCCACGUGCUCAAGUUCGACUCCUUCCUGCACGAGAGCGCCCGGCCCCCAAUGCCCAUCUUGGACAGGGAAGUGAGGCCAGGUGGACCUGGGCCCCCUGGAGCACACAGCCAGGCCCAGCUUCCUGGAGGACAGGACACAGCUGCCAGCACAUCUGGCAGCCGGGCCCAGUUAUGCAACAUGGAGCUAGAGACCUACCUCUGA